GUGGCCAUAACCGGCUGCGCGAUCAGUUGCCAGGCGCAAAGCAGUCGACUCAGACCGCCAGCGAAGUAGCAUAAAAUGAGUUCUUCUAAGCCAAUUCUUUACUCUUACUUUCGGAGCUCCUGUUCAUGGCGCGUUAGGAUUGCUCUUGCCCAUAAAGGAGUGGACUAUGAAUAUCGUGCAAUAAAUUUGCUGAAACAGGAACAGGUGAGCGACGAAUACAAAAAACUAAACCCCUUAGGACAAGUGCCGGCUCUUAUCGUCAAUGAAAACACACUAACGCAGUCGAUAAGUAUUUUAGAAUACCUUGAGGAGGCUUUCCCCCAGAAGCCGCUGCUUCCAAAAGAUUUGCUUAAGAGAGCAAAGGUUCGAGAAGUAUGUGAAAUCAUCGGGUCUGGCAUCCAGCCCUUGCAGAACUUGGCGGUGUUGCAGAAAAUUGGAGAGACGAAGAUGGAGUGGGGACAUUUCUACAUCCAGAACGGGUUUGUCGCCCUGGAGCAGGUGUUAGCUAAUUCUGCUGGAAAAUAUUGUGUUGGGGAUGAAGUCACCAUAGCAGACUGUUGUCUUGUCCCUCAGGUGUAUAAUGCUAACAGAUUCAAAGUGGACAUGGCUGCUUUCCCGGUCAUCUCACGUGUCCACGAUGCCUUAAUGUCCCUGGAUGCCUUCAAAGCCGCCCACCCAUCUCAGCAACCAGACUGCCCCGAAGACCUCAAAUAGAGGGUCAUAUCUUUUGCCGUAGUGGAAAGCAUAGCUGCAGGAAGUGGUGUAUUUUUCAAUAUUAAGGCUUGUUGUUAUAUGUAUCUGAGUUAUCAGCAAAUUGUAUGGCAAUAUGUUAUUAAUUACAUAAUAAAAAGGCUCUUCUGGGAUAUUAGUAAUUAUGUUGGUAGUGAUCUUUACUCAGUAAUCAUGAGUAAUUAAAAAAAAGUUUGCUGUUCAUAGCUUCUUGGAGUGUGUUCUUAGCUUUUUUUCUCCUUCAUGUUUUUAUCUCUUUCUUAUAUAGUUCGAAGAGUUAACAGUGAGGAAGAUGCUAAAUUUCCACAGUGCCAGGGUUCAUAUUGUAUAAUCAGAGAUGUUAUAUAUAUUAUGAUAUGUGUAAAUUUGCUUACAAGAUUAAAGAAAUACACACUUUUUAAA